AUGAUUGGCCAAACCAUUGCAGAAGUAUUUGGUCACAUCCUGUUUAGCUUUACACGUAGUGUCGCCGAGCACUACAAUUUCCACGAAGGCGAGAAUCAGUCAGCCAUAUUUGGCUACGAUACCUUGGACGACACGGGAAAAGAAUGGUACUCUCAACCUGCCGAUGAAGUCAUCUACCAAGAAUACAGCAACAGCGAAGCUGUAACCAGGGAUUAUUUGACGUCAAACCGUCCUGACGUUAGAAUUAUAGAUGCAAGCUCAACGGAUUAUAGCGAGCAAUCUCAGGAAGUAAGCAAUGAGAGAGCAAUGGCUUGGAAACAGCUCAGACCGUCGAUUGUUCGUACAAUUCGGUCUUCGUUGUGCUUUGCAUUAUUUAUUUCUAUUUUGACUGCCUUCACUGUUGGGCUGGCCUCAAUCGUCUCAUUUUACUUCAGCUUUCAAAUUCAACUCAUCUGUCUGUCUGUUCCGAAAGAAUCGAUCCCUUUCAAACUGCAAUGGGUUAUGACCCUUUCUAAAGUAUUUUCCAAUUCGUUUAUUUACCUGUCCUUUGUUCUGAAUAUCUUAUGUUAUUUUCAUUCUUUUCAAAUAUGGGGGUUACGAUCAAAAUUGUUCCUUUUGUGUCUUGGGUUUUACUUACUUGAUUCAGCUUAUCGAAUUACUAUGCAAGCCUUCGGAAUCUCGCAUUCUUUUUUGACAUCUUGGCAACGAAUUGCUCCGAAAGUAAUGUACUAUACAAAUGUUUGUUUACAACUUUGUAUGUUGGCCAGACACUUUUAUCCCAGGCCUAGAAAGAAGCAGAUUAAGAUUGUUUUAGUUCUGAUGCUUGUGUGCGUCUCCACACAACUCUCUGCCGAACUUGUGGCUAACUUCGUUUACCCUGCAUACAACAAACAACAAAUAUCUGGCAAAAUAAUAAUUGCGAUAUUUGCUCCUCUCAUUACAGUUCUGCUUAAAGGGUUCUCGCGUAUUUGUGUUCAGCGGUUAUGGUGCAGAAUCAGUCAUCCAGCAACAUCAUUCGUGCUCCUAGUUCCUCUGUAUUGUGGAUCAGCGGUGAUGAUGAGACUAUUACAAGUGGAUCUUCAAAGUCUAGAGUCAGUCGCACUUAUUGGAGCCAUUCAUGGGAUUGCGGAAGUUAUUGAGCGUAGCACUAUGGUUUUCAUUGAUCAUUUUUAUCAUCAAGCUCUUGAAAAAAGGAAACUUCCUUGGGGUGGUUUCCGAACACCUCGUCGAGAAAGACUUGCAGCUGAUAUCUGUAUUAUGAGCAUGUUGUAUGAGUCCAGCGCAAUAAUCUCGGUGAAUGGCUUCCUCUAUUUGUACCAGUAUUUUUACAUCGCUAAUAAUACACCUUUGGAACUUCUUCAGUCAUUUGCACUUACCACUUCCGUUCCACUGUUCAUCGAAUGGUUUUUCACGAGUGUUUCUAUAGCUAUUGAAACUCAUUAUCAGAAUAUGCCCGUCAUGGCCGUUUGGCGAAGACGAUGGAAACGGCACAUUGCAGUGGCGGUUGUAAAUAUUGUUAUGAUCUCCAUUUGGGCGAGCACCAGUCUCUUAAUAACAAUAAGAGGACGUUUUGCCAAGGAAACUAAAGACCACUGCAAAAUGCCAUUCAGUUCAGGGACGUGA